CCCACUUUUCAGAUGAUAUCCUUCUAAUAUUUGAGUUUUUUCAGCAAUUGAUCAAAGAAGGAGAGUUUUGUUUCUUCGAUAAUUCCCUCAAUAUUUUCAUAGAAUAUUUUUUUAAAUAGUCAAGAUGUCGGACAGGAAGGCAGUGGUUAAAAAUGCGGACAUGUCCGAGGACAUGCAGGCAGAUGCCAUAGAGUGUGUCACACAAGCCAUGGAAAAGUUCAACAUCGAGAAAGACAUAGCAGCAUACAUCAAGAAAGAGUUUGACAAGAAGUACAACCCUACAUGGCACUGUAUUGUUGGGAGAAACUUUGGUUCCUAUGUCACCCAUGAAACAAAGCAUUUCAUCUACUUUUACCUUGGACAGGUUGCUGUUCUUCUGUUCAAGUCUGGCUGAGAAUAUGAAGCUACCUAAAAGAGAGAUUGUCCUUCAAGGAACAAAGGGACUAAAAUAUAUAUCCUAAAUCUCCGUUGUGUAAAUAUAUUUUCAUUUUUAUUUAAUUUUUUUUUUGUGUUGCAAAUACUAAUAUAAGGAUGUUUGGUGUGAGACAUGACUUUUGAUAUUCCUUUUCCAAAUAUAAGGUUUAACUAAUAUAAUUUUUUAUUUAUAAGUGGAGAGUCCUUAACUUAAAUGAGAAAUAAACUUAUUUAUCAUUCUGUGUGUAA